AUGGACAUCGAUACCAAGAAACGAGCUUCAAGCGAUGACUUAGACGAUUCUUCAAAGAAAGCUAAAUCUAAGAAAGAAAGCACUCACUAUAGAGAAUACAAUACCGUUUUGGUCAGGAAUCUGCCACCAAACUACAACCAUUUCAAGGUACGAAAGUACUUCAAAACUUGUGGUUCCGUAUUGCAGGCAGAUGUGGUCGAUGACAAGGAUGGCAGCUCCAAACUGGCGCGGGUAGAGUUUUCCUCGUAUGACGAGGUUUUGACUGCAAUGACCAGGACUUUGAAGAAGAUUGGCCACUACCAAAUCACCGUAGAACAUCUCACAGACUCUACACUAUGGAUUACCAACUAUCCCCCCGGAUACGAUGCGUCCAAGCUUCGAAGUAUGCUGUCAGAUCAUGUGGAGUCACCAAUUUUGAGCAUUAGACUUCCAUCGCUAGCAUUCAAUAGCAGAAGAAGGUUUGCUUACGUGGAUUUAACCUCGCGUACAGCUGCAGAAAGAGCCAUUGAGGAGCUUAACGGAAAAGAGGUUGCCGGAUAUAAACUCAUCGUUAAGCUUUCAAAUAUCAAUGAUCGGAAGAAACGAACUGAUGAUGCCAUCUCUGAGGGACGAGAAUUGAUAGUUAAAGGAAUAUCAGAGGAGGUAUCCGAUGAGGCACUACUAGGGUUGUUCUCCAAAUAUGGGGACAUUGAAAAACAUAGAAUGGUUAAAGCGGAUGAGGGCUCGACUCGAUACGCUUUUAUUACGUACAAAGACGAAGAAUCUGCGGAAAGGGCAUUAACUUUAAACGGGGAAACCCUGGAGGACAAGACAUUGCAUGUCUCCAAAGCAAUGAAGAAAGCUUACCUUGAACGACAAGAAGCGAAAAGGCUUCUUGCAUCGAAAAGAAAUGACCCUAAGAUCAUUGGCUUAUACCCAUUGUCGGACCAGGUUACCCGUGAAGAAAUAACCGCGUUAAUAAUCGAUAAAUCAUCAGUUCAGUCGUCGGAUAUAGCGAAAGUGUUAUUGGUUUCUGAUCAUGAAGGUGCCCUAGUCGUUAUGAAGGAAGAGAAAUGCGCGGCAAAGGUUUCGCUUGCUCUCAAUGGGUUUAAGUUCAAGAACCGAAUGCUCAAUUGUGUCUCCACAUUCGAGCUUUCAAAGCAUUUCCCAAACGAGAGAGGCCAUUCAGUGCAGGUUAGUAAAGAGCCAAGUCACGGCAAAUUAGUCGGAGAAACUCACAGCAAUAACGCCCGGAAUAACGUUGGGCCGGAGCAAGAACAUUUGCCUCAACAAGAAAAGAAGAUGAGUAACGAUGACUUCAGAAAAAUGUUUCUCUCUAAAUAA